AUGAAGAGGCUAUCGAUAGCACCUCCUACGUCGAGAAGAAAAUCAGGAGCUGCGUCACUGGAAGAUUACAAUGCGAGAAAAGUUUUGGAACAAUUAGAUCAGGACACCACCUUGGUGCUUCAAGAUAUCGAUAAGAAUAUCUCGCGAGCCAAUGCAAUCAUAAACGACAAAUUGAAACCUGCUAUUCAAGAGUACGGUGUUGAAAGUUGGAAAGUCUGGCAUAAUUCAGGAUUUUGGAAGAAGUUUUUCGAGCAGUCAGCCAAUGUUGUGUUGAACAGUUAUGAAGCCCCCAUAAAUGAAGUACAAUCGAGUUCGAACUUUUUGAGUGAAAUGGAAGACGAGGAAAUUGAAGAGCAACCCAAGACACUCACAUCUCUUGACACCAGACGUCCCGAUUUGAAACAUCUUGCUGAAGAAGAUACGGCAACGUGGUCAACUGAACAACAGAAUCUUAAUAGGCAAUUGUCAGCAUCGACUCCUCACAGGGGCCAAAAGCAAGCAGAACUGAAUAGGACGAAAUUUGCAGCAACUCAAAGGAUGGUAAGACUUCCUGACAGUGUCAGUUUAGAGCCCCCCAAUUCCGGGGCUAUAAGGUUGUCUCCCACGAGACGUCAGUCGAAAAAUUCUCCAACUCGAUUUCAAACUAUACGUCAGUCGCUAGAUUCCAUCCACAGGAUAUCAAUUUCACCUCGCAAACAGAGAACCCCGAUCACCACUAGGAAUCCGGCACUUCAAGAUCUUCUCAACUCUUCGCCCACUUUCCCUGAGCCUCCGAUCUUGCAGUCAGAGAUAGGAAGCGAAGCGUCAAGAGUUCCAAGUCAGCAGCAAACACCGGGCUUCGGCUCUGAUCGUGAAGGAAAUAUACAAAAGUUCCCAAACACCCCGAAGUAUUCCUCGUCGCGGUAUAGUAAUUCAUCUACCAAUACACCACUAGUAGCUACUCGUGGCGAUAUCGAUAACGAGGAGGAGGAUGAUGAUGAUGAUGACGAUGAUUUACAACCACCAAAAUUAGAAAGCGAGACUAGUCAGAAAAGUCCAGCCUUGUUAGAUAGUGAAUCAAGUGAGGAUCCAUUACCAGAACUAACCACAAUUGAAUUGAAAAGCGGCAGAAAACGGUCAAAAACUUCCCCUUCAUCAGAGGCAUCAUCGAAUAAGAGAAGAUCAUCAGGACAAAGAUCCGAAGAUUUGCGUGACACUGCUGAGGAGGAGAACGUUUUUCUAGAUAGAUCGCAUGAAGCAACACGCGAAUCGAAAGGUCCUGUGCAAAACGAAGACAAUAGCGAGCAUUCGCGGUCGAUUUCCCAAAUUUAUGCUGAGGGUAUAUCCAAAUUGAAGGAAGGCUCAGAGAUGGCAACAAAAGUCCACGAGUCGGAAACUACCACAAAUUUGACCAGGGAUAUUACAAGGGAAACUACGGAGACCUUGACUGGCGACUUGGGUCCCUUAAAAGAGCGCUGGAGGAAAUUUGCCAAAUUUGAUGUGCAGUAG